AUGCCUGGCACGAGGAAGGAUCAUCGAGAAACUCGAAAAGGUCGAACUUUGACAAGUGCAGCUCAGGAACCUGGUAUCGCUCACAGCGCUGUUUCACGUGCACGGAGAGCAUUCCAAGCCCCUAAUACUGCUGCACGAAGGAGAGGAGGUGGUCGACCAAGAACAACUACACUAAGGUAUGAUCGUUACAUUGUGCAGCAGACAAGAAGAGAUCCACGUCAGUCAGCUUCUUUGAUUGCAAUGCCAUUCAACAGGAUUCCAAAGCAAGCCAUCACAAGCCCAACAGUGGCACGACGACUGCACGGUUGCGGUCUCUUCGCCCGACGACCACUACGUAGGGUACCUUUGACCCUCGCGAUCGGCGUGACCGUUUAG